AUGAAGCAGAUUACAACUCCAGACACCAGAGCCACUCAUGAAGACUCAAGAGAAGAUAGCAAGACAGUGUGGACUGUCACUGAAGAUGAGGAACUGUUCAAGAAGGACACCAUGGCGGUUGCACAAGUGGUACUGCCAGAUGCAGUAGGCCCCAGUUCAACCCAGUCUUUACAGAGCUAGCAGCAGUGGGAGGAUUGGUUGUGCGGGGGUCUUGCAUAGCCCCGCCCACAUAACUUCAAGACAAAGUGGUCCAACUAGCUCAUGAGGGAAAUCAUAAGGUUACAAAGACAAAGGAGUAUCUCAGAACUAUGGUCUGGUUUCCAUGUUUGGACUAGAUGGUGGAAGCCUAUACUCAGCAAUGCCACCCAUUCCCGGUAGUGACCCCAGCGUAAGAGCUUGAACCGUUGCGAAUGUCACCAUUACUGAGUGAACCCUGGAAGGAGAUGGCCAUAAACUUCUGGGAGCCUAUUUACAUGGGCAAAUACUUCCUAGUCAUCAUAAUUAUGCAAACACUCACGGAGGGCUGAUGUAGAAUUUGUAAUCAGCACCAGUACACGAGUAGUAAUACCAAAGCUUGACCGUGUAUUCUCAACACUUGGAAUACCCAUGGUCGUUGGCAGUGACAACAGGCCUCCAUUUAAAGGACAAGACUUCCUCAAACCUCCGAAAGUACCUGGGCUUCAAGCAAGAGUGUAAGACACCCAAAAACCCCUAAGCCAAUAAGGCAGCAGAACAAUUUAUACUGAUGCUCAAGAAACGUUACAGCAUAUGCCAAAUAACAGGGCAGGUUUUCAACUAAGACCUACACUGAUUUCUUUGCUGUUAUAGAGCAACGCCACAGGGAACCACCAAGCUGACGCCAGCUGAGUUAAUAUCAGGUUUCAUGCAUAAAAAUUGCAACCAAUUAUUUCUAAGGACUUCUCGAGGACCACAUUCGACGUUCAAAAACCACCCACAUGUAUCAGGAAUGUAAUUCCAUGGAUUGUACAAAAAUGCCCAUUCCCAGUCCAUUCUAAUAGGACUUUGAAGGAUUGAACUGUUUGCUCCACCACCCUCUCUACAUUUUUCAGUUCACUUGACUUCAAUUGCUAGUUAAUUCUUGCAUAAAACAAAAAAUGCUUUACCUUCUCUGAGCUACGGUAUGUUUUAUAAUCUGUUUUGGACAACCAAGAAGCAUUAAAAACACUUUCCAGGCCACUACAAGCCGCGGCAGUGUUAGCUCAGUCGGUAGAGCGUGUUGACUGCAGAGCGGGAGGUCGCGGGUUCGAUUCCUGGGGCCGGACCAAUACUUCAGGGUCUUAAAAUAACCGAGAAAUGAAGGUACUCCCUUUGCACUGCAACAGGCUAUACCUUUGCGUUGCUCGGAUGACCACGUAAAAUGGCGGUCCCGUCUCCAGUUGAAGACGUAAAAUAUAGUGUCCCCAAUUAGCACUUUCGUGCUAAAUACAUUGACACUCAAACAAAAAGUGCAAGUGCAAGUGUAUUCAAAGUUGAAGAAAAUUCAAGAACGUUUCAAGGACUUGCCCAGAAAUUUAAGGACUUUUCAAGGACUCCCCCUAAAAUUAAAGUACUUUUCAACACUGUCAAACCUUGUAAUGUUCGCUAGCUGCAUGUUCCAUGCAAGGUUGCCAGCUGGAAGCAUUCCAAGACAACUGGAUUUUCAGGAACUGUUUCUGCAUGACUUGCGGUGUGUAGAGAAAAAGAUGCAAAUGAAGGCGCAGGCUGAUGGAAAGAAGGGCAUGAAAACAUUGGAAAUCCAGGUUGGGGAUGCAAUACUUGUGAAAAAAGAAUCCAGGACCAAAGCCACUCCGCCUUUUGAGAGAGAGCUGUUAGAGGUUCAGCAUCAAAAGGGAACACAAGUGGUCACCAAAACGAGAGAUGGCUGCACCAUUACACAGUCAAUGGCAGAUUUUAUGAUGGUACCCUAAAGAGACUUCGGAGGAGGCAGGAAGAUGGAAGUCAAGGCCAUGUGCCAGUAAAGAAGAACUGCCUAAGCCCAGUGGAGACCCCACCGAGCUACCAAGGAUGAAGGAACAACCUCAGGAAGUGCAG